GUUUGCUGAUUCACCCGGAGGAAACCUGCGGGUUACAGCCUAUUUCUUCUGACUACAUUGAAGCUGUUUCACAGCCUGAACUAAAGAUUUGUCCAUCUGGGGACACAAAAGGCCAGUGGAUUGUGCCGUGCCUAAGUUGUUCAGACAACAGGACCUGUGACUGGAGAGAAAUAACGUGGCAGCCCCACAACUGCCAAUAUGGUGUCCUAACUAAGCCCCAACUCCAGCAGUGCCUGAGAGGAAGGAAGAUUCUUUUUAUUGGAGAUUCAACCAACAGAGGGAUCAUGUACUAUCUGAUCGAAAGAGUGAAUGAAACGUUGCAGGAAUGGCAGAAGGUGCAUGGCACUAAAUUCUAUCACGUCAAUGGUGGGAAGACUUUGAUCAGUUAUUCCUACUAUCCCCAGUUCUGGAUAAGCCCGUCAUUGAGACCAACAUUUGAAAAAGCACUUGAACAUCUCUUGCAAAGAUCACGUCCCCUAGAGAAUACCAGCCAGACUGUACUGGUUGUUGGUGGUGUCCAGUGGCUUAAUUCCAAUCACCUGCAAAUUAUUCACAAGGUUUUGAAGAGGGAAAAUUUGCUCAAUAUCCUAGUGAUCAUCAAGACUUUGGGAAUUGGAUUUCAUCUACCAGUGGAUGGAGUGCAUUUCUUAACACAGAGUGAAGUACAGAACUUAUGGAAAGAAAAUUUGAUCAUCCUGGAUGCUGCAAAAAAAUAUGGCUACGAAGUAGUUGACACAUUUGCUAUAACAAUGGGGCGAUACAAAGAGUUUCUGCAGGGGAAGUGUGGAUGUCAUUUCCAUGAG